UCCAGCGACGCCGACUAGCGUGUGUGGGUCGCUGCUGUGUUUCUCUUCUCCGAGGCUUCGCCACAGCCAAACGUUUUGUGUUUAACAUUCCGCGUAUGGACGGAUCCGCUUUGCGUAUGCAAACGAGAGUCGAGCUACGCGGUGCCGUCUUGUUUGUGCUCGGUUCGAAGACAUAAUGGCCUCGUUUGAACGGGGCUGGGCCUGUGUUGUACGCGCCGGGGACGAGCCUCUUACUGGCUAAACGUCACCUCAAGUUGCCCGUGAACUUUGUCGCAUUUCGGGGGCAAUGUCCGGUCCGAUGUGGGCGAAAAGUGCUCAGAAGGCGUUUUUGUUUUCACUCGUCAGUUCGAGACUGAGAGGCACCGACUCACUUUCUGGACUUCUUCCGGUUCCGAGGCGCCCCAUCAUCGACAUGUCCUACUCGGCGCACUUCAUUGAUUUUAAAGGAUCCUCCAUAGCGAGCCGCAUGAAAAAGGUGGUCGUAAACAAGCUGAGCCCCAAAUUUAGAGAAGCCGCCUCUGUGCAAACUGUUCCGGUUCCGACACCCGCAGACGCGGACUUGCUCGUCAGAAAUCGUUUUGUGGGGAUCAACGCCUCUGAUAUUAAUUAUUCAGCAGGCCGUUACGACCCGACAGUGCAACCUCCCUUCGAUGCUGGUUUUGAGGGUAUCGGUGAGGUUGUUGGCCUCGGCCUCACCGCCAGCUCCCGCUUCACCAUGGGGGACACUGUGGCUUACUUCAGCAGCGGCGCCUUUGCUGAGUACAGCGUGGUUCCCGCCAAGGAAAGUGUGCCUGUCCCUUCGGCGAAGCCCGAGUUCCUCACCCUGCUGGUCAGCGGCGCAACCGCCUACAUUGCCUUGAAGCGUCUGGGCGACCUGGCCAAAGGCGAGACUGUUCUGGUCACCGCGGCUGCGGGAGGAACAGGACAGUUUGCGGUGCAGUUUGCCAAACAGGCGGGCUGUCACGUGAUCGGGACCUGUUCGUCCAAUGAGAAAGCGGCUUUCCUGAAGUCGAUUGGCUGCGACAGGCCAAUUAACUACAAAGCGGAGGAUUUGGCCAAGACCCUGAAGACAGAGUACCCAGAAGGCAUUGACGUGGUUUAUGAAUCAGUCGGGGGCAGCACUUUAGAAUUGGCAGUGAACUGUUUGGCUAAAAAAGGCCGACUAAUAGUCAUUGGCUUCAUCUCAGGUUACCAGUCGGCGUCAGGAAUCCCAAAGUUCAGAGGGGCAACUUUACCCGUCAAGCUUCUCCAGAAGUCAGCAAGCAUUCGAGGUUUCUUCCUUCCUCACUUCAUCAGCGACUACAAGGAGGCUCUGACUCAGAUGAUGCAGAUGUUUGCCACGGGCAAGCUUAUGUGCGAGGUGGAUUAUGGGGAUUUGGCCCAAGAAGGGAGGUUUGUUGGCUUGGAGUCCGUCUUCCGAGCCGUGGACUACAUGUAUGCAGGAAAGAACCUCGGCAAGGUUGUGGUCGAAGUGGCACCUCCCUCUAAUUCCAGCAGUAAACUGUAAAUGAUUUGCGCCAUAGAAAUUCUGCUUUCACUUGGAAAUCAUCAACGAUGCAAUUAUGGCAAGAAUCGAGAUCGACUGGCAAUGGCUAUUUUGCUAAAUAAACAGAUCAGCUAUGCAAAAUGUUUGUGAUGCAUAGUCAACUUUGUAACUACAAAAAGCAAGAACAGUUUGAUUAGUUUACUUUCACUUUGCACAAUCAUAAUUUCAUAUCAGGAAAAAUUUAGAAUGUAUUUAGAAAUCUUCCCUGCGUAUGUAAAUUUAACCUCGAUUACAGUUUCCGCUGCAAAAUGAACACGGUGUUUAAUGUUCUUCCCCAUUUUCACUCAUUGCAGACCAGAUGCCUCACUCUGCUUGCUUUUAGCGCUCUCCAGCACUUCGUCUACCAUAAAUGUUUUAUAGACUUCAUUGUUUGUCUUUUAGGGGCUUACGUGGAUAUGUCAAAAGUGAAUACUGCUCCAGGUGCGCCUGAUAUCUUAUUGCCUGUGUGUAGCUGACAGAAACACAAUCCGAACAAUCAAUCUUUGCCUUCAUAUGCCCCAAAGCUGCACAUAAUAAAAAA